AUGGAUGAACUUACGAUAUCAGUUUCUCAGCGCUGGCCAGGAGUUCAUUGUUACCCAUGUGACAAUGCUCCCAGUACUGGGGUCGUGUGCAGCAGCCCUGAGAUCGUCACGGUCGGUGAAGAUGGAAGGAUCGUCGUCUUCAGAGCCGACCAGGAGGGAGUCGUUAGAGUCAUAGAGAAUGCGGACAGCAGCACGAUUCAUGCUGUGACCUACCUGAGGACCACAGAGAUUUUGACGGUGAACUCAAUCGGCCAACUCAAGCUGUGGGACUUCAGACAACAAAGCAACUCGCCAUCCCAGAUUCUCUCCUUGUCAGGGGAUAGAGUCCCUCUGCAUUGUGUGGACAGACAUCCCAACCAGCAGCACAUUGUUGCCACGGGGGGGCAGGACGGCAUGCUCUGUGUCUGGGAUAUAAGACAAGGCAGCGCACCCUUCUCACUCAUGGAGGCUCACUCUGCUGAAAUGUGGGAAGUCCAUUUCCACCCGUCGAACCCAGAUCAUCUGUUCACCUGCUCAGAGGACGGUUCACUGCUGCACUGGGAGACGUCCGCACAGUCAGACAUGCCCUCCUUCUUACAAGGUGGCAGGAACAACAGCAUGAUAUCUCGCAGUGCGAUGGCCCCGGCUGGAGGAAACCAGUCCCUCAUCAGCGCGUGGCUGAGCGGAGACUCCAGUAAAGGCCGCGUGGAGACGACUCACAUGUUGCCCAGCCAGACGCUGUCCGUCAACAGCCUGGAUGUACUUGGACAAUGUCUUGUCUGCGGGACUGACGGAGAAGCAAUUUUUGUCAACAGACAAGUCCCUGUUUAGAAGAGUUGUUUCUGUACUGAACAAGAUCUCUUUAUUUGCCGUCAAUUGCUGUCACCACAUUGUCUCAUUUGAUCAAACAAGGUGCCUAAAAAAAACUGUGUUCAAAAGUCUACUGUUGACAUUUUGGUCUAAAUUGUGAAUUUCUCAUGUCAUAAAAUGGUGCAUACACAGUAUUUUUGCGCAUUUCUGGAUGGAUUCAUCAAUGAAUCUAGGUUUUUGUAGAUCAUUCCACGAACAGUAGUUCAACUCUACAGUACUUUUGUAUGGAUUUCAUUUAAAACGUUUUGAAAUAAAUGAAUAAAAAUGCCUUAUAUAGAUGUCUAAUGUGUCCAUUAAAGAUUUUGUAUUCAAAAUAAGAAUCCAAUGUAGUUCAUAUUGCUCCUAAAACUAGGGUUGGUUAAAUGCAGAGGCUACAUUUUACUGUGUUUUAAGUGUUUCCUUUGUAAUCCUCCAUUUACUUUUCCUUAGUUGUUAUUUUUUGAUCGUCACAGAAUCUAACAAUGCCCCCCUUCCAGUACUCAAUAAUACAAACAUUGUAGCUGCAGUUACUGUGUACAUUUCAUUUUAAGUGGUUAAAUACUUUUUCAUUACAGCGGAAUCCAUGGCCCAGAGUUGUUUUGAAGGAAAAUGGGGUAAAGAUACAAAUUCAAGGAGAUUGGUACUUACUACCACGGUCAUACAGUUGUAUUAUUUGUGACCUGUGUUUAAAUGUUCCUGAAAAAUACGU